GCUACCGCUCGCUCCGAACAGAACGUCGAAGAGAGCUUUGCUAGAACCGAAGGUCCGAAGUCGACGUCGAAAGCCACGCGGCCCCAAAAAAAAUUCACCAUUAAUUUCAAUUGUAUCGAUUCUUUCCACCUCGUUAUCCCCCCCCCCCCGAACCGUUUUGUAAGACGAGGAAGAAUUAAAGUCGACUGCGUUGCAACAAAUAUACGCACACCGCACGAUUAUCUCGUUAAGAUAAACACACGACAUCGAUAUAAUGUGCGUGAGGAUUUCCGGUAGAAAUUUAAUAGGGAGGAGAUUGAAGGGUGAUUUUGAACACGUGGAUCAGUGCUGAAAAUAAAGAUAAAUAAAGUAACAAAUGGUAUAAUAAUCAUCCCUGACGAUUGGUAUUUUCAAUUUUUACAAAAGACUUUUUCCCCUCCCCAGCUUUAAUUACCCCUGAUUUAGACGAAUUUAAAUCGCGAUAAAAAAAACCUACCCUCUGGAGGUCCGCACAAGUGAACUUGAUUAAAAAUUAUUUUCACAUUUAAUUCAAUGAUAAAGACAGAGAGACCUGUGCCGGAAUUUUGAAAAUUCUACCGGCAGCCGUUUUCAGUGCUUGUGCAAAAAAAAAAAAAAGAAAAAAAAUUCAAACGAAGUAAAAAGAAAUGAUAAAACGAUUGAAAGAAUAAGAAGCAAAGAACGAAAGAAACGCCUAGUGAUCAUUUUAUUUCAAUACUUCGUGUGUGACUAGAAUUUAUCUUUUCCACUCAGUGAUUUCAAUGCGGAAACCAGGGAAUCUUGUCAAAAUGGAAAGGCUAAAAUUGAUACUCAUAUGCGUCGUUGGACUGGUGAUCGCGGAGAACACCUCGACGGACGAUACAUCGAGAAUCGCUCACACGGACAACAGUCUAGAAGUAGACACGGUGGCGCAGGCCAUCAAUUGGGGCGAAUGGUUACCGUGGUCAAAGUGGUCAGUCUGCUCGAGGACAUGUGGGGGUGGAAUCGUGAGACAACAACGACGAUGUCGGAGGCCACCUUGCAGGGGACGAUCCGUCAGAUACAAGACGUGCAACGCGCAGCCGUGUCAACGGGAAGGAAGCGACUUUCGGGCGGAACAGUGUUCCGCGUUCGACGGUGUUCCGUACAACGGGGAUCUUUUAAAGUGGACGCCUUAUCACGACCCCGGCCGUCCGUGCUCCUUGAUUUGUCGCGGUGAAAUGAGGAGGGGAAGAGAGGAGGGCGAGGAAAUAAGGAACGGCGUGAGCGACGUCGAAAUAUCGGGCGCCGUGAUGAUCGGUGAUAAAAUUCUCGAGCGAGACGACAACGUCCUUCAAGAUACCGAUUCCGAAGAAUCGUCGGUCGUUGUUCAACUCGCCGAAAAAGUUGCGGACGGAACGCGCUGCCGAUUCGGUAGCUCGGAGGUCUGCGUCAACGGGGAAUGCGUCAAAGUGGGAUGCGAUCUCCGCAUCGGAAGUAACAAGAAGAACGACGCUUGCGGAGUCUGCGGAGGCGACGGUUCCACCUGUGGUUCGAUUUAUUAUUGGGCCUUGGUGCCCAUUUCCGUUUGUUCAAAACCCUGCGGCGGAGGUUUUAAGAUGGCCAUGAUAGUCUGCAAAACUCGCGGUACGGAAGAGGAAGUGAUGGAUUCUCAUUGCGAGGAAAAUGAAAAACCAGACAAAUCUCUCAUCCCUUGUAACGAGCAUACCUGUUCGACCAAUUUCUCUGUGAUUCAAAGGUGGACAACGGGACAAUGGGCCGAGUGCAGCGCGAGCUGUGGCGGAGGUACGAGAACAAGACCGGUCUUCUGUUCAGAAGAGAGCAAUGAAACUAGCACCAGACUUCCGGAGCACAUGUGCAUCGGUUCGCACAAGCCGAGACAUCAGGAAACUUGCAACACGUUGUCCUGUCCGAUGUGGGAGACGAACGAAUGGUCAGAGUGUUCGACGUCUUGUGGGACGGGGAUAAGGACGCGUUUGGUGACCUGCAAAGACGGCAAGGGACGUUUAUCGAAGGACUGCGAUGUUCUCGAAAAACCGCACAACGAACAGGAGUGCAGAUCGAUCGUAUGCCCGACGCCGAGCAUAGAAGAUGAGCUAACUCAGCCUCUCAUGCAACCUUAUCCGCCACCGCCGGUACCAGAAAAGUUAAUUGGACAACCAAUACCUUCGGAAUCGACAUUUAUUGCAGAAGAAUGGUCACCGUGUUCGGUAACCUGCGGAGAAGGUAUUCGUCAUCGAGAAGUGCAUUGCAAGAUAUUCCUCGAGUUCAGCAGAACGAUAGCUAAACUUCCGGACAGACAAUGUUCGGGACCGAAGCCGAUCGACACCGAGAAAUGUACUCUCGAAGCCUGCGGUCUUUUGGGGAACAGUUUAUCCCACAGAAUGGAUACCGUCAGAGACAGCGGUUACGCGGAAUCGAGUCUGACGGAUACUUACAGAUCAUCUUCGAGCGGAUCGGGAGGAACUAGCUACGAGAGCAGCGUUAGAGUCGCCGCGGGAAGUGCGACCCACACGAGCUAUUCUUGGAAGGAAAAUGGAUACACUCAUUGCAGCGCGUCGUGUCUAGGAGGAGUUCAAGAACUAAUAAUCACAUGCAUCAGAGACUCGGAUGGAAGGGUGGUAACGCCGUACCUCUGUAGCCCGGAAACGAGACCGGAAUCGAGGAUAAGAACUUGCAACGACCAUCCGUGCCCGCCGAGGUGGAACUUCAGCGAUUUCGCACCCUGCAUGAGCCCGUGCGGGCUGGGCAUUCAAACGCGGGACGUUACCUGCAUCCACGAGGUGGCGAGGGGCGGAACGAACACCGUCCACGUCCCAAACAAUAUGUGUCCCCAACCCCCACCGCCUGACAGACGGUACUGCAACAUUUUGGAUUGUCCGGUAAAAUGGAGUAUCGGAGAAUGGGGAAAGUGUUCGAAGACUUGCGGCGGGGGGGUAAAAAAGCGUACCGUAGCCUGCGAGCAGGUGAUGGCGCAGGGUCAUCAGCAAAUUCGUCCGGAGGCGGCUUGUGUGACGCGAAAACCGGCGGAGCAAAGGCCCUGCAACACGCGGGCUUGUUACGACCUCGACUCCAGUGCUCAGCCGAUAAUUUUCAGCGAGAAUACUUCGUUCAGUCAAUCCGAUCCGAACAAAAAGGUCGACCUAAGAAUCGGCGGAACCGCUAUGGUAUUUCACGGUACCGCGAUCGUCAAGAUCCGUUGCCCCGUUAAAAAAUUCGACAAAGCCCACAUCAUAUGGACGAAGGACAGAAUCGAGCUACGAAAAUCAAAAAAGUACAAAAUCAGUAAGAAAGGCGCCCUCAGAAUAGUCGACAUCAAUUACUCGGACAACGGAGUGUACGCUUGCAUAGCGGGACAAUCGCAGGCGGAAGUUCACCUUCUCGUGAAAGCGAGACCGGGAGAGUACAUGAGCAGCGAGGAAAUUCUUCGUCAUGGAAAAACGGUGCAUCAUCAAGACGUGAGCUUGGAUUCCGCUCCUUCGUUAUCGGGCGAGGUUCUCCACACCGAUCACGCCGCGCCUGCUUACGGGAGUCCCUUCUCGUUCAACGGUGAAGAUUUCAGCCACGAGGCUCAUCCCGAGGGAAUAGUAACUCCGAAACCGACGCGAAAACCGAGAAAGAAAAAUAAAAGACCGAGUCCCGUCCCACCGGACGCGACGAUGAUUCACGGCGAGUACACGGUAACGUCGCUCCAUCAGCCGGGCUAUCAGGAGUCGGUAGAGUCAACAGCGACUUCCGGAGCAACGAGACUUUUGCCACACUUAAGCGGAUUGAUUUCCAGGCUGAAGGCCUACUGGCCAUUCCAGGGGGAUGGUAUGGGCAGUCGGGGGCACAGGAUGGCUCCGCAAUUUCCAGAAGAAUCUUCGAAAGUGAGGGUAGAAGUCGACUCCCCGGCAACGAGGACUCUGAGGGAAUGGAAGUCGGGUCGAGACUUCGUGGAUGACAUCGACAGCGACUUUGGUAUACUUCGCGGUAACACGGGGAUACCAGACGAAAAAUUCGGUCCGGACGAAGAGCGAAUAAUAAUCGACGACGAUCCUUACGAUCUGGACGAGGCGAUUUUCGCCCUACAAAACGGAGACGACGCGAGAAGUACCCCGAAGAUGAUAACCCACGUGAGAAAGGCUACAACACCGACGAAAUCGGCGAUUGAUUUUAUCGAGGAGUCGAUUAGAAACGCGAAAAGAAAGGAGGCCGAAAACGCCGAAAAGGAUAUCAUAAGGGUAGAGAAGAAAAACACCAAGUCUACGGAUUUGGUGGGGGAACUUAUCUCUGUAGUGAAACAUCGACGCGACAACGAUUCGGGCGAAAUAUCGGGCGAGGGAACGGAGGUUGAGAACGCCGGAAUUUUCGGACUCGAAUCGACGAAUGUUGGAGGUAAAGCUAAUGCUGAGGCUGACUCGAUUCCGAGUCAAGGGGGUAUUCUGGACGAAUACGAAAAAACGUUGAUCAACGAACAACCGGAUAAGCGAACGGGCGACGAAGCGACGGUAACUCGGGCAAAUCACAACGUAGCCGAGCAAACAAAUUCCGUGAUAACAAGCGAGCCGGAAGUAACGGAAAAUCUAACGUCGGAGGAAAUGCAGUUUCUGAGGACCACGGGCCCAGGAGCAGAAAUAGAAGAUAGUGAAAAGUCGGCGAUCAACCGUGAUAACGAGCAAUCGGAACCCAAUCAGCUUCCCGAGGGUUCAUCGACGAGAUAUCCCGAAUUCGAUGAGAAGACGGCAAGCCAAAAAUCAUCGACAGAAAUCGGUGGUCCUCGCGGGACCGUAAACACUUGGGAAAUUUUCACCUCGACGGCAUUCGAAAACGGAAAUACCGACGACCAUUCAACACUACAGCCGGUAGUGAUAUUGGAACGAAGCCUGGCGGAGGACCUUAAAUUCGAAUGGGUGAUGACCGAGUGGUCCGAAUGUUCGCAGACCUGCGGCGGCGGUGGUUUUCAGAUGCGGGGUACUCAAUGCACCGUAAGACCUCUAAAGAUGGCAACUAACUCGACGCAAGUGGCACCAAAAACUGCGGUAGACGCGACGCUUUGCGAAGACGCCGGUUUCCCGGUACCGGAAAAGGUGCGAGCUUGCGGCUCCGGAGUCUGCCCGCAAUGGCAAACCGGGGAAUGGACGCCUUGCGAAAGUUCGCGAUGUUUUACGUGGCAAACAGCUAUGCAAAGGCGAGAGGUGACCUGUCGCAUAAUCGAGGAGGGAGCGAACUCGACGAGAAACGGGACCAUUUUAGACCCCAGCAAAUGUGACGAGAGUGUUCGACCGCCCCAAAGAUCGGAAUGUUACAAUGACGCCUGUAAGGGUGUAUGGCGCGUCGGCGAAUGGUCCGAAUGCACCGCAUCCUGCGAGGAGGAUGGAGUCAAGUACAGAAUUCUCCAGUGCGUUUGGUUCGGGACUAAAAAAGCUGCGGGAAAUGCCUGCAGAGACAUUCCUCGUCCUUCGGUUAUGAAAACUUGCAAAGGAGCUCCGUGUCUUCAAGCACCAGAUCACUGCAAAGACCUUUCGCAAUUUUGCGGGAGGGUGAAGGCGAUGAAUAUGUGCAGAGUACCUCUCUACCAGAAACAGUGCUGUCAGUCGUGUCAUCGGCAGUCUUAAAGCCAAGUGAUGCUCUUCGAGAGAAGUUGAAGUAGCGCUAAAAAAUUAAAGAAAAAAAAACUAUAUAUAUGUAAUAAGAUAUACAGACUAUCGUGAACGAGUUGAUUAUUUAAUUUUGCAGGAGAAUUAAAAUUCAUCGCAGCGUCAUUCAUACGAUAUAAAUAACAGCUGAAAUUUUUUUCGAGGUGGGCUAUUAUUAAUACGCACCGUAUAAUUAAACGAUAAUGAUGAUGAUGAUGAUAACAAUAAUAAUAAUGACGAUAGUAAUAGUAACAAGUAACUAAUGACGAAGUGCGUAAAAAUUAAAAAAAAAAAGAUGAGAUCAAAGGCAUGGUAUACCUAUACGCAACAUAAGCUUCGGUAUUGGAUCUGUAUAAUACAUAUAGUUGAAUAAUUGAAUAAAGGAAUGAUUAAACGAACUAUUGAAAUUGGUAUGAAGUGACACAGUUGCGUGGUAUCGUUAGGGUUUAUAAAUAUUAAAUGUAUCGCGUUUUCAAUGCUAAGAGAGCCUAAACGCCUAAAAUUUUAUUUUGGUGUCAAGCCCCCUCUCUUGUCAUUGGACACAUGAUAUUAUAAAAUACAUACGUAAAUAUGAAUGACAUUAAUAAUGAUCAUUAUGAUAAUAAAAAUGAUUAUCAGAAUGACGAGGAUAACCGUAAUAAUUAAUACAUUUAACGAUAAUGAUAAUAAUAAUGAUAGUAAUGAUAAUAAUGUAAUUGAGUAUUAAAUUGUUGUAAAUUUAAUAGCAAAGUGUUUCACCGAAAUUUAUUACGUUACAUAAUAAUUUUAUUGUUACUGCAGAACUUGGAAUGAAAAAUUACCGCAAAAUCAACACCUGGAUUUAAUAUUUCAUUUGAAUUCUAUACAUAGUUCAACGCCGUAGAGCGAUAUUUGUUAUCACAAUAAUUAUUAUUAUUAUUAUUGCUGUUAUUGUUGAUGUUCUCGAUAUUAUUGUUAUGACGACAAAGAGACUAAAGAAAUUAAAUACAUUAUACUGUAUGUAUAU